AUGCCGCCUAAACUUUCCAAAAGUGCCAAACAAGCCCUGAUCGUCUCACAUCUGCGGGCCACGGGGACGUGCCACACCCUGAAGGAUCUCGAGAAAAUGAUCCCAUCGGUGGCCUCGAUCAAUGGGAUGCAAGUGAAGGAAUACAUACAGGAAUUGACGGAUGAGGGACGGAUCCGGGUUGAGAAGAUCGGCAGUGGAAAUUGGUAUUGGUGUUUUGGGGGAGAGGAGAAGAAAGAGCGGGAGGAGCGUGUUCGGAGGUUACGGAGGGAGGUAGAUCGGGUCCGAGAGAAUUGGGAAGGUGCGGAGGCUAGAUUGUCUGCGCGGAUGCAGGCGAGGAUGCAGGAGGAGGCAGAAGAAGGGGAGCAUGGGGAUGGGGGUGGUGAGGAGGAGCGCCGGAGAUUGAUGGAGCAGAAGGCAGUGCUCGAGCGGGAGACACAUCAACUGCAGGGGGAGUGGAUGGCGUUGGCGACGAGUUCGGAGGGGAAAAGCUUACCGCAGAUUAAAGAGGAGACGGAAGAGUAUCGGCGUCUGGCGCAUCAGUGGACGGAUAACAUCUACAUCUUGGAAGGGAUGUGGUUGAUGCUUAUGAAUUACGGUGGUGGUGGUGGUGUUAACUUGGUCCAGUCGAGAGGGACUAACUCACUAGUUCAGUUUGAUUCGAGUUAA